AUGGCAGAAGGCACUUCCAUAUCCGCGACCCCGGUCGACGAAACACACGAUACCAGCCCCCCUGCCUUUCACGCCGUUCAUCUUAACGACGUCUCAGGGCUCGCGGGUCGACCGUCUGCGCUCUCGCCGAAACUAUGGGCUAAACCCCGGUCUGAGCUCCCCAACGGCGCCAGCGCUAAGGGACUAGAAGCGGAGGACGACGAGGAUGAGGAUGACGACGACGAUGAUGACGAGGAUGUUGAGGAGGUAUAUGCGGCCACAGGUGGUGCCUUUGGAGGCACAGAAGAAGACGACUUUGUAGCCGUAGACCAUUCGGAUGCGUCUGACUACCCUUGGUAUAUGCGGUCCCGCGCACCAGCAAGGAAGUCGGAGCUAGAUCGUCUCCACCCAUAUGUUCAGCUACUCUCGGUGUCGGAUGCUGAGGCCUGUGAGAAAGUUGAAGCUGCCUUCCCUGAGAAUCAGAGGUGCUCUAAAGAACAUAUAACCUACCGUCUCUCGAAAUGCCCCGAACUGUCUCUUGGAAUUUUCUCCAUCCCCCCAGCUACGGCGGAUAAGCCUAAACCCAAACCAGAGCUCAUUGCACACGUCCUAUCUACCAGAACAACGUCAUCCGUAAUCACCAAUGCGACAAUGGGAGUUCCAAAGGACUGGAGAAGUAAAAAGUCAACCUUACCCGCCCCAGGCGAUGACGAGCCUAUUGGCCACCAGGACCAGGGGUCAACUAUCGCCAUUCACUCACUCGCUGUUCUCCCAGAGCACCAGGACAAGGGUCUCGGCAAAAUGCUAAUAAAGUCAUACAUCCAGCGGAUCCAGGACGCGAAAAUCGCGGAUCGUGUCGUCCUGUUAGCCCACGACCAUCUCCUAGCAUUUUAUACUAGCCUAGGAUUUGAGAAUGUUGGACGUAGUAAAUGCACUUUUGGCGGCGGUGGCUGGAAUGAUUUGGUCCUCGAGCUCAACAAGGCUAACUGA